AUCGAUUGGCGGCAGGCGCUGGUCCAGUACAGCCUCACUCAGUGAGCCACGGCCACACACAACCCACAAAGCAGCAUGGGAAGGUCCUAUGGUUACGCGCCCUCUCACAUUGUCUUCAGGUGGCCUAACUGGAGAGCAAGAAUCACAGAGGACUCCUUUUCCAGGAGAGUGAUUCAGGAAGCCCCCGAGCACAAGCAUCCAGCGUCAGGGGGCGUGGCUCGCCACAGCUCCCAACACAUGCAGCAAGGCUCGCUGUAUGAUUCGCCUCCAACCGUGAGUGGCCAGUGGUGUGCGUGGGGGCUGGCGACAAGGUGGCUGCGGCAGGUCUGGUGGCCAGGGAGGUGGUGCUGUGGCAGGGGCCUGCCGCACCCUUCUACCGUGACCACAAGCAUUACCGCUACUGUGUGAGCGGCAACAACUGCGUGAUGGCACAAAAGUCGCUCGUGACAUGGGUCGCACGCCGCCUCGCCUCAGCUCCGGCCCGGGAUAAUAAGAGCCCUACCUGCACUUCCUUAUUGUUCAAGGAAGGCCUCUCUUCGUUCCCGCCGCCCGCCACACCGCCCCAUGGUUCACUGCACGGUCUACGUAUAUCGCAGUUCACCGCUUCCUUAUAUACGAACCCUUAAUGAA